AUGCGCAGACUGAAGUUGGAGUAUAAAAGGUUGUGGAGUCACUAAACGCAAUGGAUAAUCACAGAAAGAGGAAUCUAACUUUUCUAACCAUUGGACUCAUAUUUAUGCUGAGCGGCAUAGAGUAUGCUGUCAUCCUCCCCACAAUAUGGCGGUAUCUGCAGAUUUUGGAGGCCCCGUCCUAUUUCCUGGGUCUGGGUUUGUCUGCUUUCAGCCUCACCGGGCUCCUGACGGGACCCCUGUUUGGGCUCUGGUCAGACCGAAGGAAAACUACAAAAAGCAUCAUCCUUUUCUCCAAUCUUUUUGAGAUCGCCGGUAACUUCAUGUAUUUCAUCGGAUAUUCGAAGUGGCUGUUGUUAAGCAGUCGACUUGUAGCAGGUAUCGGAGCAGGAGCGGGUUCUUCAAUCUUCGGUUUCCUGACUCGCAGCACUCGGCCGGACGAACGCGCCGGCAUCUUCGCCGCCAUCAUGGCCUGUCGACAAGUUGGGCUCCUCGUUGGGCCGGCGUUCAACUUGUUCCUGCGGCUGUGUGAUUUCAGACUGGGGCCCUUUGUUGUGAACAAGUAUACGUCUCCUGGGAUCUUCAUGUGCCUGUUAUGGGUGCUGCUCCAGUUUGUUGUCCUGGUGAUGUACUGGGACGUACCACCCAUCAGCUCCACAGAGGGGGGUACUGUGCUGGUGGACAUGAAGCAGGAGGAGGAUGAGGAGGAGGUGCCGCUGAUGGGGUCCGACGACGAGCCGGCAAACACCUACAGAGCCGUCAACUCCGACCUAUCGGAAACAUCCAUCACAUCUGAAAACCAGAGCGCCGCUGCUACGUCCAACCCCUUUAAAAACUUCAGUGUCAGCAGAGAGUUUCUGAGGGAGGAGGUGGUUGUUCUGCUCACGGCUCAGUUCAUCACUCUUUUCAAUCAGACAGCGCUGGAGACCAUGGUGACUCCUCUGACGCAGCGCUACUUCAGCUUUGGCGAGCUGGGCAACAGCCUGAUGUACAGCCUGUGCGGGGUCGAGGUCAUCCUGGGCUUCUUCUUUGUGCGCUGGCUGAGCAAAAAGGUUUCCGACCGUGCCAUGCUCGCCUCGGGCCUGGUCAUCUGCUGCAUGGCCUGUAUCUGGUGCCUCAUUUUUCUCUGCAACCCCCGAGGUGGUUAUGGAUGGGAGCUGUCAGCCUUUAUCAUCGGAGUGUUUCUGCAGCUGCUGGGGCUUCCCUUCGUGGCUGUGUCUCAGGUGUCUCUCUUCUCCAAAGUCACUGCAGAGAAAACACAAGGAUUCAGCCAGGGUGUGAGACGCUCAGUGGGAGGCGUCGCCACCAUCUUGGGUCCCUUGUGGGCUGGAGGAUUGACCAGUAAUUUAUACAUAAUGCUGGGCAUGAUGCUCGCUCUCCUCAUUAUGAUCACAGUUAUGACGGCGCUGUCCUACGAGCGGCUGACUGAGCCCAGGGCAGUGCAGUGUGCCCAGAACUCUGACAGUGGAGGAUAGGGGCUGCAGAAGCUGAGGAUGGACGG